AUGGCAUCGUUGCGAAGUAAUCGUUAUGUAAAUAAGAGUAUUACAGAGUUUCAAGAAGCAAAUCGCAGUCCGAUUUACGGUUAUAAAAAGCAGAUGUUAGUGACAUUGGAAGAAUCGGCUGAAAAACUUCAUCCAUUUGUUAACGAUAUUAUGAAAUAUGUCGAUGACGCUAAACAAAAAUGUAACAGACAAAUCAAUUUAUUAACCUGGGAUGAAUCCGCUGCGAUUUAUCUUUAUACCAUGUCGACACCGUUCUUUUCAGCGCUAAACGAUACACUCCGAGCGGAAGAUCGCCAUGCAUUAAAGCCAUGGUUUCCUUUCUUGAGAUUGUUUUUGAAUGCCUUGGAAAAAUUACCGUCAUCCGCGACAACAGUCUGGAGAGCCGUAUCCGGAGAUACAGACAAUUAUUCAUUGCAGGAUGAUGUUAAGAUUUGGUGGAGCGUCAACUCUUCUUCAACAGCACUCAAUGUCGUUCAAAUUUAUUUAGGCGAACGAGGAACUCUGUUUGCGAUUGAAACGACACGCGGCAAAAAAAUUGAUGAAUAUUCGGCCUUUCCGGACGAGCAAGAAGUGAUCAUCAUGCCAGGAACAUUUUUGAAAAUUGAAAGUGAACCAUUGAAUUUUAUUGAUCGACUUUUAGUUGUUCAUCUAAAAGAAGAAGCAAUAGGUCAACAACAUCAUGAAACCACGAAUUUAAAUCCAUCGCCAAGUACAAAUGUCCUAUUACCAUCUUUGCCAAUUGAAAAUUUUGGUAUUACUGAUCAAUCAAGACUUCUUUUAUCAGAAAGCUCUCAGAAUGUGCGUAGCUUUUCGAAGCUCUCCAAAUGUCAUUUGAUCGUUUCAUUAAUAUUUGCAAUUUUAAUACCAGGCGCAAGUUUUGGUAUACUAGUUAAAACGCUUUUCUUUUCAUACUCAAGUACAUAUUCGUCGAAUUCAAUUCGCGUUGAUACAAGGCCUAUGUCUACUAUUCCGACAGAUUCGAUGUAUGUGCCAAUCCGGACUUGUUCUCCUCGCCAAUUUCACAUUGAAGCGAAUAUUCUUUAUUCAUUUGAUUGUUCAAGCGUUACGGAUGAAAUUCAAGACAAAUACAAUGGGGUUGUAACAAGAGAUCUAUGGAACUCAUACUACAGUGAAUUCAAUGAAAUCAAAGCACCAACGUAUGUCUCACCUGAUUAUUCCGGCGUAGGUUCAGCAAUUCAAUUCCAUCCUAAUAGUAGUAAAUACGUUCCUUUGGUCCAGUCACCAAUCUUAUUUAACCAAUCAUUCACAUUAAGUUUUUGGGUAAAUCCAAAUAUUGAAGUCUCACAAAUUUAUGGUCUAGUGAAUCAAAUCUACGUUACGGCACCUUCAUUUAACAUAUCUAUAAUUGAAGAAUAUGUUGUCAUGAGUAUUUACGGAACAUCAUUAUGGUCAACAAAGAAAUUAAAAAACAAUCAAUGGCAAUAUUUAUCAUUCGUAUUUAAUGAAAAGAAUAUCUCGAUGAGCAUUUUUAUCGAUGGAAUUUUAAACGUUCAAACUUCUAUUGGACAUCAUCCGUAUGGAAAUUAUCGAAUAACACAAACAACUUUUGGAAGUCUACAAAGCAGUAACAAAUUUCAUGGCUUAAUCGAUCAAUUAUCGAUUUUUUUCGAUAUCAAAAGUCCGAGUGAUAUUCUCAACGAAGCGACAUUAGUUGUUCAUUAUACUUUUCAAGAUGAUAAUAUUGACAGCGAAUUUCUUCUAAGAGAUCAUAGUGUAAAUUCCAUUAACGCCCAUGGUUCACAUAUAUCCCAUUCAAUUGGAAACAACAGAAUACCCAAUCGUAACGUUCUAUGUUUAUAUAACUCAAUAUUAUCGGAUUUUCACACAAGUAAUUUCCUUCUUCUUUCAACAUUUAAUUAUUCCUAUUCGUAUUCAUUAUGGAUACAUAUAUCAAAUCAAUCUUCGUCUGCUAUACCUUUAUUACAUUUCAUGAAGAAACUUCCAUUGCAAAACGAUUGCUUGAAUCUUCUCGUGUUGAGACGAACAGAAGAAAAUAAACUUCAAAUAUCAAUGCAUAUGUAUGAAUCUGGAAAAGCGAUCAUUUUCAUUUCAAAUACAUCUGUUGAGUAUUCCACGUGGUUUCAUUUUGUCUUUAUUUCCGAAAUGAAUAAUUGGUCAUUUUAUAUCAAUGGUAAUCUUGCUGGUUCAUCUAUUCAAAAGGAUUUUCAUUAUGAUAAUCAACAGCGUUUUAUUUUAAGAAUCGGAAAUUCUCAACGACAAUUUUCGAGUAAAUACUCAUGUCCUUUUGAUGAAGUCACCAAAUCGAUGGUGAUUGGAAUUGAUGAUUUGAGAUUUUACUCACGGCAGUUGAAAUCUCAAGAAAUUCAAGCACUUUAUAAGAACGAUCCAGAUCCAACGAAACUGUAUUUCAAUUAA